UGCGCGCGACAGCGGCCCGCUCGAGCCGACUGCGAUCAAUAAGUAGCAGAAGCCCUGCCUUGCCGGACAGUCGCGCCCCGCACCUUGGCCCUGUCCCAUGCCAUCUCUUUGGCCGAGCGAUCAUCGCGCGACUCCGUGCCAUCCCGAGGCCAGGUACGGCGCUAGCUCGGCCCCGAGCGUGUGAUCCGAGGCAAGCAAGCGGCAAGAGGCAGCAGGAGAGCACAGGACAGUGGCCGAAUGGCAUCGAUAGAGGAGAGCUGGAACGAGGCGACGGACGGCCUGGACGCCGGCGCCCGCGAGUCCUGGCUGUCUCGGCUCCAGGAGACCUACUCCGAGGAGAGGCGCACCUACCACAACCUGGCCACCCUGCGCGAGAAGCUGCGCCACUACGCCGACAUCAAGGACUGCCUGAAGAGCCCCAAGGCCGUGCUGCUGGCACUCUUCUUUCAGAACUUCGAGUACGACCCGAAGGCGAUGAACGAGGAGAACCGGAACCUGGAGCACUUUAACGCCUUCGCCGAGGAGGCGGGACUGCCGGCCGACUCGCAGCUGGCGACGCAGACGCGGGAGCUGCUGGUCGCCGCGUCGACCCACAGCACCGAGGCGCACAAGGUCGGCGGGGCUUUCGGCGGCGAGGACGCCCACUACCUGCUGGACCUCGACAUGCUCGGGCUGGCCGGCGAGGCCCACGAGUACGCCGAUUACAGGUGCAAGAUUCGCGGCGAGUACUCGUUCCUCAGCGAGCCCAUGUACACCGCGCUCAGGCUCAAGGUGCUGCAGAACUUCCUGCAGAUCCCCAACAUCUUCGCGACCAAGGAGUUCCGCGACAAGUACGAGGAGCAGGCGAGGGAGAACAUCGAAUCCGAAAUAGAGCUGCUGUCGUAGAGGGAUGCGCGGACGUGGGCGUGGCGGACGAGGCGGAGGAUAGACGGAUUGCGCGUGCUCGCGGCCGGGCGAUUCAAGGUUCGCCCUGUAGGACGUCUCAAGCGGGUAUCGGCUCAACGCGCCGUGUGGAUUAUUUUCAGUUGUACGGGCAUCGCAGCGUUCUAUUUUUACGAAUCAAUACAUUUGUCGGGCGGGUGUACUUCAACGGUUCCUUCGAUUAUAUACGCGUAUUGCGCUUCGCGCUGCAUCGUUUUAUUAUUGCCGUGCGCCUGGGCUAACGACGACACGAUCAGACUGACGUUAAUUGCAACGCGGGCCAAUCGCGAGUCUAAAUAAACAACAAACAAAUGAAACAUUUUUACGCAUUUUACCGACGAGAGGUUUGCGUCGUUUAUUGCGCGCCACUUUUCUUUACUGCUGCGAGAUGUUUCUAUCAAACGGUCGUUCGGCCUUUACGUUGUUGCGAACGAUUAACUGCAACAAACAAACAAGAUUAUCAACACACAGCAGGCUUGUGAAUUGUGUGCGAAUGAGAAAAAAGAGAGAGAGAGAGAAGAAUAAGAAAGCGAAGAAACUGUAGUCUAUUUUAUCCUUGCGAAUACAUUAUUAUCUAACUCUGUCGUUAAGUUUGGCUAACGAAAUAAAAGUUGUUGUUUGUCUCACACAAAAAUACGAGUGAUGAUACGCUUUUACGAAAAGAAAGAAAAAAUAAAAGUAUGUUACUGUGUAGAUUUUAUCUGACGCAUAAAAUAACAUGGAUGUCGAAAUAAAUAAAUUGUGU